CCUCCCAUUUUGUGGCCACGCUAUUCUCAAUUGCUGCAGCGUCCCAGUGCUAUCUCUAUCCAUCUCUACUCAACAGUUUGGUGGAUGGCUUCUUCUUCUUCUUCCUUGUUUCGUUCCAUUCCGAUUUCAUUUCCAUCCACCAAACAAUGCGCUCGUAAAUCCCUGCGCCCUUCGCUUCGUGCUUCCGCCACUCCAACACAAAAGGCUCGGUUCGUUGCUCGCCGUAAAGAGUCCGUUUCCGUUCGCCAACUGCAGCGUCCCCUAAUUGAGUACAUGCGGUUACCAGCGAGUCAGUACUCGGUGUUGGACGCGGAGAGGAUUGAACGGGUAAAUGACGACACGUUUCGGUGUUACGUUUAUAGGUUCAGGUUCUUCAACUUUGAGAUUUGUCCAGUGUUGUUGGUUAAGGUGGAAGAGCAGCCUGAUGGAUGCUGCAUCAAGCUCUUGUCUUGCAAGCUCGAGGGAUCACCUAUGAUUGCUGCACAGAACGACAAGUUUGAUGCUCUAAUGGUUAACCGGAUAUCGUGUGAUACUAACGCUGAUAAUGAUAAGUCUUUGAUGCAGCAACUCACAUCAGACACUAUAAUUGAGGUAAGCAUUGAAAUUCCUUUUCCUUUCCUAGCAAUACCAAAGCAAGCAAUUGAAUCAGCUGGGACUCAAGUCCUUGAACAAAUACUCAGGCUUAUGCUUCCCCGAUUUAUGUCACAGCUUGUGAAAGAUUAUCAAGCUUGGGCCACUGGUGAUACCUCAAGGCAACCUCUGGGAACAGGUGAAAUCUGAAAUAAUGCGUUGCCACUGGCGCCCUUAAAUUGCUGUAUAGUCAAUAGGUUCUAGAAAUAUCGCUUGUAGCAUGUGCAUUAUUGCAUUCUUGGUUAGUAGCUGGGUGAACAUUUUUUUGUUUGUUUGGAGAUGGUAUUGGUUGUAACGUAAUCUAUAUGAUUAAAUGGAAUUUGAAAGAUUCGUGAAUUUUA